UGUCAUGUGAUCAAGUGUGUCCAAUCACAGCUCAUUGCUGAUGAUCAGUGUGCCCUGAUGAUCAGUGUAGCCCCAUCAGUGCCACCUGACAGUGUACAUCAAUGCCACAUCAAUGCCACAUAUCAGUACCUACCAGUGCACAUCAAUGCCUCAUAUCAGUGCCUACCAGUGCACAUCAAUGAAACAUAUCAGUGCCCAUCUGAGCUGCCUUUCAGUGCCACCUAUCAGUGCCACCUAUCAGUGCCAAUCAGUGCCAUCUAUCAAUGCCAAUCAGUGCCGCCUAUCAGUGCCAGUCAGUGCCGCCUAUCAGUGCCAGUCAGUGUCGUCCAUCAGUGCUGCCUAUCAGUGCUGCCUAACAGUGUCAGUCAGUGCCACCUAUCAGUGCCACCUAUCAGUUCCAUAUAGGAGUGCUGCCUUUCAGUGCCCAUCAGUGAUGCCUGUCAAUGCCCAUCAGUGCCACCUACCAGUGCCUACAAGUGCCUCCUCAUCAGUGCCCAUCAGUGCAGCUUAUCAGUGCCCAUCACUGCAGCCUCAUUAGCGCAUAUCAGUGAAGAAGAAAAAUCACUUAUUUACAAAAUUUUAUAACAGAAACUAAGAAAAAACGUUUUUUUUUUAAAUUUUCAGUUGUUUUUUGGUUUGUUUAGAAAAAAAAAA